AUGGCCACGUUGGAGAGAAAACAGAUGAUUUUGACAACGUACAUGACUGUUUUGGCUAUGGAGAACGGAAUGAAGAUGGCAACCGCAUCCAUGAGUUUGCUGAAACCAAAUUUAGUUCAAGCUUGUUUUCAUGGAGAUGCGGAUGAAGUCCGAUCACUUUUAUAUAAGAAAGAAGAUGUCAACUACCAAGAUAUAGAAAAGAGGACGCCUUUGCAUGCAGCAGCUUUUUGUGGUGAAGCUGAAAUUUGCAAACUUCUUCUUUUGAAUGGUGCAAGAAUAAACUCCAAAGAUUCUAAAUGGUUGACGCCAUUACAUCGAGCGUGUUUUACCAAAAGUGACGUGAAAAACCUUUCAGACAAAAACCUCCCGGACAAAAAAAACUCCGAACAAAACCUCUCUAGACAAAACUCCCCGAACAAAAACUUCCAAGAACAAAAACCCCCUGCCAAACUUUUUUGUAUUCUUUAUAAAAUCGGUAUCUGUUACAACCUGCAUGGCAGUAGUAUGAAAUGA